AUGAAAGAUUUGGAUCAAGAAGAAAGUGAUGAAGUGUUUAAAUAUUUUUCUGAAUCUUUUCAAGAUGGGUUCGUGCGUAUUGGUCCAAAGGGAUACUUUUACACAAGCGAGAUGAAGGACAUGGCACCCAUAAUCUACAAUAUGGUGGCCAGACCAGAUGAUACUUGGGUGGUAUCGUUCCCAAAAUCAGGCACGACAUGGAUACAGGAGUUGGUGUGGUUGGUAGCAAACGACUUCGAUUAUGCUACAGCAGAAGCUGUUCCACUUGUGGCAAGAUUUCCCUUUAUAGAAGGAUCCAUGUUUAAGAGAAGCAAGAAGGCUCGAACCUUAUUUAAUUUUAAGGGAACAGAGGAACAGACGGAAGCGUUGUUCAAUUCGGCUGACCAUGCGGCAAAGUUGAAGUCUCCUCGGUUUAUAAAGUCACAUCUGCCACUGUCGAUGUUACCCCCUGCUCUGCUGGACACAUGCAAGGUGGUGCACAUAGCGCGUGACCCUAGAGACAUCAUGGAUUUCCCGUCAACGGUACAGAGAGUAGCAAAAUUCUUGGGGAAAACGGUGACAGAGGAGCAAAUGAGCCGCCUAUGUGAACAUCUCGCUUUCAACAACUUCAAGAGAAAUAAAUCUGUUAAUAUGGAAUUUUUUAAAGAGCUUAAUACGACCAACACAAAUGCCUCGCCUUUUAUUAGAAAAGGCAAGGCUGGUGGAUGGCGCGAGAACUUCGACGAGGAGAUGACGCGGCAGGCGGAGCAGUGGAUGGCAGACAACCUGCGUGAUACCGAUCUGAGAUACCCUACUGUGUAAAUGUCGUAAUAAAAUAAGUAUAUGGUUCAACAUUACCCGCAUAUUUUAUUUACAAAUUUGGCGCUAGAUUAAUUAAGAAAUAAAAGAAAAAUUAAAUACUUUCACUGGUCAUAGAAAAAAAUUAAUAAGUUAUGCUUGUAGGUUUUGAAUUGGGUUUCCAGACUAAGUUAAAUUCAAAAAACGAAAUUUUUACUAUUACUGCGAUUUAGGUUUGAGUUUUCUACCUCCAGUCAGGAGCCGAACGAACCUUUGAAUACUCUCCUUUAAUAUAAAGUUUAUGAGUCAUGUUCUCGUUUAAUAUUAAGACAUAUAUUAUUUUAUAUUUAUUUAUAUGUUCGAAAAUUCUUUCGUCAUGGCUUGCAUGGAAGAGAAUUCUACAUAACAAUAAGACCGCCUUUUGCCUAUUCUCACUUCCCUCUUCUUUGUAAUAUUACGCCCUAUGUACUGUGCAGUGAAGAUUAUUAUUAUUAUAAAUAUUUUUCAGCAACUCAAGAUGGGUUCGUACGUAUCGGCCCAAAGGGGUAUUUCUACCCAAACGGGAUGAAGGAAAUUGCGCCAAAAAUCUACAAUAUGGCGGUCAGACCAGAUGACACUUGGGUGUUAUCAUUUCCAAAAUCAGGUACCACAUGGAUGCAAGAGUUGGUGUGGUUAGUAGCAAACGACUUCGAUUAUGCUACAGCAGAAGCCGUUCCACUCGUGGCAAGAUUUCCAUUUGUAGAAGUAUCGAUGUUUAUAGGAAAUGAGACAUCCAGAUCUAUAGUUGAUUUUGAAAGUAAAGAGGAAGAGAAUGAGCUAAUUUUAAAUUCAGCUGAUUAUGUAGCAAAGGUGAAGUCACCUCGCUUCAUCAAGUCACACCUGCCGCUGUCGUUGCUGCCGCCCACGCUCCUCGACACGUGCAAGGUGGUGCAUGUAGCACGCGAUCCUAGAGAUGUCGCCGUGUCUUUAUAUCACCACGACAAUCUAUUCAAGUAUAUGGGUUAUACCGGUGACUUAAAGCAGCAUUGGAAUCUGUUAAUUAAGGAUUUGCUUUAUUGGACUCCUUUAUUCGAUAACGUGAAAGAAUCGUGGGAAAAGAGAAAUCAUCCAAAUAUGUUAUUUUUAUUUUACGAGGACGCUUUGAAGUGGUAUAACACGAUUUUAUAUUUAUUCUUUAGUCCAAAAACUAUCAUGAGCGGGGCAUCUGCAAGUUAUCCGUUAGAAAUAAAAGACGUGGAUUCAGAAGAAAAAAGCGAAGUGUUCAAAUAUUUCUCCAAAUGUACAACAUGGAUGCAAGAGUUGGUGUGGUUAGUAGCAAACGACUUCGAUUAUGCUACAGCAGAAGCCGUUCCACUCGUGGCAAGAUUUCCAUUUGUAGAAGUAUCGAUGUUUAUAGGAAGUGAGAAAUCCAAAUCUACACAUGAUUUUCAAAGAAAAGAGGAAGAAAUGGAGCUAGUUUUAAAUUCAGCUGAUUAUGUAGCAAAGGUGAAUUCACCUCGCUUCAUCAAGUCACACCUGCCGCUGUCGUUGCUGCCGCCCACGCUCCUCGACACGUGCAAGGUGGUGCAUGUAGCACGCGAUCCUAGAGAUGUCGCCGUGUCUUUAUAUCACCACGACAAUCUAUUCAAGUAUAUGGGUUAUACCGGUGACUUAAAGCAGCACUGGAAUCUGUUAAUUAAGGAUUUGAUUUACUUUACUCCUUUAUUCGAAAACGUGAAAGAAUCAUGGGAAAAGAGAAAUCAUAAAAAUAUGUUAUUUUUAUUUUACGAGGACGCCUUGAAGGAUCUUCCGUCAACGGUAAAGAAAGUAGCGAAUUUCUUAGGGAAAACAGUUACAGAGGAGCAGAUGAGCCGACUCUGUGAACAUCUCUCCUUCGACAGCUUUAAGAAAAAUAAAUCUGUUAAUAUGGAUGCAUGGAGUGACAUUAUGGAUGUUACUAACAAAGAAACUUCUUCUUUUAUAAGAAAAGGCAAAGCUGGCGGAUGGCGUGAGAACUUCGACGAGGAGAUGAAGCAACAGAUGAAAGAGUGGAUGAACGACAACAUGCGUGACACCGAUCUGAAAUAUCCGACUGUGUAAAUUUUGUAAUUAAAUUGUAUUUAUGCCAGUCCAUUUAAGACCAGAAUAUUUAAUGUUACAUUUAUCUAGCAAGC